CUGCGACGUCCGUUCGGUUCAUGGCUCGGUUCUGACUCGGUUCUGACUCGUUCAUCUGUUUCACCGUGAAAAACAAACCCUCUGUCACCGACUGACCGGUUCACCGCGACAUGCCGACGCUUCUGUUCUGCGGGCCGAAGAUGGCCGCCUGCGGGAUGGUCAUCAGCAUCUGGGGGGUCAUCAUGCUGGCCAUGUUGGGGAUCUUCUUCACGGCCAAGUCGGCCGUCCUGAUCGAAGACGUCCCGUUCACCGAGGAGGACAUGCGGGGCGAUGAAAACCCACCUGGGAAGAUCUACAGCCUCUACAACCAGGUGGGCUUCAACUGCUUCAUCGCCGCCGCCGUCUACGUGGCGGUGGGCGCGGUCUCGCUGUGCCAGGUGCGCCUCAACAAGCGACAGGAGUACAUGGUGACAUAAGGAGCCCCGCCCCCCCACCUGACCUCUGACCACCCCCAACAACCCCACAGAACAAACACCAUGACCCCCAGUCCAAUCUCAGCUCUGAUUGGCUGCUGGGAGCAGAAAGGGGGCGUGGCCAGAUAUUUAUUUUGAAUUUGCUUGUGUUAUUGUGGAUGUUUGYUUGUUUGUUUGUUGAUGAAAGAGACCAAACUUUGACCAGUUUGAUUCCAAACAUCAGAUAUUUGUGGUGAAAUAAAUAAAAUUAAUCAUCAGACUGGAUCAAUAAUUAAUAUAAAUCUAAUAUUUAUCAGAUAUUCUCCACCUGUUCUGAUCAUUUCUAAAUGUGUUGUUGUGAUAAAAACUGUCUGAUGAUUGUUUACAAUAAAGUGUUUAAAACUU